AUGCCACCGAAAUGUCCUCCCAACUCAUACCGAUCUCAAAUCGAUGAGCCCCAAAGUUCUGCUCUGCGGCGAAGUGCUGCUCCAGAUCAAGCAGAGCCAAUAUCACCCCACAGCUAUCCCUACCACACAUUUGACCAACCUUCAACAUUAGCUACCUCGGCAUCCCAGCGAGAGCUUGAAGCAUCCCGAGAACGUAGACUCGAAAUGUACCGGCAACGGAAGUCUAGCCGCCAAACCUCUCAACCAGUCAAUCCAAUAUCUCAGCAGGAGAGUGUUGGCAUUGGUGAGAUCGCGAAAGAUGAUGAAACGUGCAUCUCUUUAAGAUGCUACACCCCUCGGCCCGGAGAAGAUGGUUACGGUUGGUCAGAAACUGGAUUUUGGUUCCGAGAGUAUCAUCGACAGGACUGCUACUGUGAGCUGUGUCACCCUCGGCGCCAAAAGGCAGCGUUAAGGUCAAAACGGAAGGCAUCUACACACCCCCUACCGAAUAUCUUAUCAAACUCACCUUUGGGAUAUAUCAAACAUAUGCGGAAGCGCCGCGGCGGAGAACGUACUCUCACAGGGUCUUUGCCAAAUCUUCCAUCACCACCACCUUGGGAUUCCUUGUAUCAGCCUUUGGCUCGUUCACAAGUGAGCCUUCCAAGUAACGUCCAGACACCUCAAGAACAGACCCUGCAUCCAGGGGCUCUGGACUCAGACUCUGAACAGAUAUUCUCAGGCCUUUAUCUGUCCUUCACAAGAAGCUCCCCAAUACCAUCACCGGGGCUCCAGAGUGAUUCUGAGCCGCCAUCUAUCGGCGACAGACGACAGCCUUCUCAAGAACACAUUGAAGGCCUGACGCAUAGGGGAAAGGCAAGACUACGGGGAGGCGGGGAUGCAGAUACUGGAUCAGGAAGCUGGCGAGUGAAUAGACCCAGGGAUCGGCAAGCAAAUAGCAUCGGGAGCCAAGUAGCAAAUGGGAUCGGGGAUCAAGGCCAUGAAGUAAACGGAAGCGAGAAGGAGGAAGCCCCCAGCGCUAGAGAACUACUUGAGAUGAUAGACGAUAGACGGGAGCAAUGCCACGGGAACUUGAAGGCCGAGCGUCGACAAAACCCUACCUUGCAGUACAUGGCGAUGGAGCAAAUGACCCGCGGUACGAUAUUAGAGCCUCACGGAAAUAAAGACUUGCCUCCUAAUCAGGGGCAACAGAGACGACGGGGAGACGAGAUAAUUUAUCACUUGAGCUCAAAUCCUCCCCUUAUCGCGAAUAGACUUCUCUUAGAAGGAAAUCUUGGAUCAGACCAAUACGAUUUUGCUCCAACAAACGGACACUCGCCAGAAGCUUCUGCGAAUUUGAUCCCUUAUUCUAAUCCUCUCAAAAGUAGAUACUUUCCAGGAGCGCCGUCUUGUGAAAACGCAUCUCCCCCUCACGCAAGUGGAGCAAUGCCUGUUGAUCGAGCGCAACGAACCCAGCCUUGUCCAGGACCAUAUUCUCGUGGGAGCCCAUACGAUGUACUUUCGCACAACUUGCAAGCCCGCUAUAGCUUGAGACUACCUAAGCUAGGGGAACCAAUCGGUAGGAGUCCAUUUGCUCGUGACGCAUAUGAAGCCUUGUCAUAUACCCCAGCUUUUUUAACCCGGCGCCAUCUUCGCGGUGAAGAGAGACGAGAAGUGGUCUUCAAGGUUCUACAAGAAAAACGAGACUAUUUUAAUUCCUGGAUUGGAGGAGAACAGCGAGAGCUGGAAAGUCGCUCCAGAAGCAGUUUUAACAACAGCAAUGCUCCCGUGAGCGCCUCCACAAGCAGAGAAAGCGCGGUGAAUGGAACUCGAGACGCGACAACUUUACCCCCCCACUCAAGCGACAACACUUCCGAAAGCCCAACGUCGGGAUCCAAAGACCAAAUGGGUUUAUUCCGUCGCUAUUUCGGGCCUAGCCGUAGUGAGGAUGUGAAUUUAAGUCACGAAACUAAGGAGGAUGAAGAAAUCGCACCCAAUCAACCACUUGGAGUGUUAAACAGACAUGUGGCAAGUAGAAGCUCCUCGCCUGACAGAAAUGCGAGUGGGUGGGCUCGGCAUAACGCUUUUUCGCGUAUGGUUCCUCCAGGAGGAAGGCUGCGGGAGGCUGAGAGAUCCACGUCCGCCCCGUCUCUUGGAUUGUCGACCCGGAGUUUGAUAAAUGUAACCGUUUCUCCUAGAAGAAAUUCAACUCGAAGAGCUCAGUGUACCGCUACCAUGAAUAGCUAUCCGCAAGGAGAUGGGCCCACCGGAGGCUGA